AUUUUUCCACACCUACUUAGGAAUAGAAACUAUACUAAGCUGAAUAACCAGUAUUAAUUUUAAUUUUUGAAGUUUGAGUUAUAUAACAUUGAUGGAUUUGAAUUCUCAUUAUCAGCAACUCCAACAAAACCAACCAAAUUCAAGGUUGCUUCGUUUUCGUUCAAGUUUCAAACAACAAGGUGAAGGUUGUGGUGGUAGUGCAACUGCUGCUACAAAUUCUGGUGAAACUUCUUCAUCUACCUUUAGAGAAUUCAUGGACCAUAACCCUUCUAAUCAUAAAGUUGACAACAACGAGUCUUCAUUAUCACAAAGACACAUGAAUUCUCAGCAGGGUUAUAGAAUGGAUCAACACAAAGGUUUUUAUACCAAUCUUUUAAGACAAAGUAGUUCUCAUGAUGGUCAUUUCUCCAACAACAACAUCAUCUCCUUUGGAAAUGGGUAUGAACCUAUGAAAGGUGUUGAAAACUAUGAUGGGGUGAAGGACAGUGAUGGUGAACUUACUCUAUCUAUGAACAUAUUAAACAAUCAAAUUGGCUUCUCACCAAGAACUCCUUCUUCCUUCAGAAUGUUAUCACAGAACCCUAAAACUGGGAGUGAUGGUAUUGGAACAACUAGCCACGAUGAUCGAAGACAAGUAGGUAGCAAUGACGACGCUCAAUAUUAUGGUCAUAAACUCGUUUAUGAUUCUAAUGACCAGAAUGUAGGGGUACGAAAUCAAGUUGAUACACUAUCACAUCACUUGAGUUUGCCAAGAAAAUCAUCAGAAAUGUUUGUUGUGGAGAAAUUGCUUCAGUUUCCAGAUUCUGUUCCUAGCAGUAUCAGAGCAAAGAGAGGCUUUGCAACACAUCCUAGAAGCCUUGCCGAAAGGGUAAGAAGAACUCGGAUAAGUGAACGAAUGAGAAAAUUGCAAGAGAUUGUUCCAAACAUUGAUAAGCAAACUUGCACAUCAGAAAUGUUAGACUUGGCUGUAGAGUAUAUUAAAGAUCUUCAAAAACAAUUAAAGACUAUGAGUGCAAAAAGAGCUAAGUGCAGAUGCAGAAACAAGAAAUGAAUCAAGUUGUUUAAGUUUCUUUUGUACAGAUAAUAAAGGAAGUAGCAAAAUAAGAAGAAAUAAAGCUGAUACAAAAUGCUAUUACAGUAACACAAAAAGCCAGCUUAUAGCUUUUAGCCUCAACAUUGAGGUUUUCUCAUUAGCUAAUAAUUUGUUACUGAAAUUCAAAUGUACUCAUUUUACACUAUGUUCUGUUAUUUUCCCCUACAGAUAUUAAAAUUUUCACAGAGAACUUGGAUGAGGUAUAUUCCAAUAUUUGUCGCUUCUCUUUGAGUUGUGCAUUAUAAAUGAGAAUGAAUGCAUUACUAGGA